UAUGUUUAAUCCUUUAAAUCGAGCUAGAUCACCAUAAUAUGGUGGAUAUCCAAACCAAACAAAUCCAAAUCCAAAUCCUUAAUAUGGUGGCAAUCCUUAUCCAUUUACAGGAUAAUAAUCACCAGUGAAUUAGCCUAUGGUAUAAUAAAUUCUUAUCCAAAGACAUAGAGAUCUUUUCCUUAUCAAUAAUAUCCCUAGAAUACUCCUCCAAAGGGUUAUCCAGUUUAGUAGUCAUAGAGAAGCAAUCCUCCUUUCACACAACAAUAAUCUUAUCCACCCAGUCAGCCAUCAGUUUAAUCUAUAUAAGUACUAUAAAAAAUAAAACUAAAAAGCCUCCUCCUCAAUCACAACCUCCCUAAUAAGUUCCUUAACAAAAUUAUACAUAACUUCCAUAGCGAUCACAAAAAUAAAUACCACCAACAUCUAUAGAAUCAUAAAAAUUACCAUCACCUUAAACUACUUUAUAAGUAUAACCAUAAUAAUAUGUGCCAUCAUAAAAUUCUGGUUUAGGUUUAUCUGGUUUAAGGUAGACAUAUGCACCUCCUACUUAUGUUCCUCUUUAACCAGUUAUGACUGUAUGAAUUAUAAUUGAUUUAGACUGUAAUUUAACGACCAAUAGAAUUUGUAGAUUUAGAAAAAUUUGAAGAACUUUGGGAUAAAAGAAUGAAAGAAUUGGAAGAUAGAAUUCUUUAAUCUUAAUAAUAACCUUAAGUUGUUGAAUUGAGAGCUUCAAAUAAUGAGGAUUAGGAUAUUUUAAUAAAAUAAUUAUAAGAUGAAUUGUAUAAGGUUAGAUGUGAUAAUGAAGAGAAGGAUAAUAAAAUUUCUGAUUUAAAAAUAGAAUUAUAAACAAAUAUUGAUCUUGUAGAAUACUUAAGAUGUAUAAUAAAUGAUAAUCAUAGAGUAAUUGGUUAAUAAUAAUAACAGUGAUGAAGUUGAAAAAUUAUAGAAUGAAAUUUAAAGAUUGAGAAAGCAAGUAUAAACUCUAGAUGCUUAAGUAAAGUAAUUGAAUCAUGAUAAUGAUGAUUUGAAAUAGGAAUUGGAUGCUUUAAGAUAAUAAAAAUAGUUUUUCAAAUCAUAAUGUGAUGAUAAAGAUGAGCACAUUUAAAAUUUAGAAAGAGAAAUUGAAGAGCUUCGUUAACAAAAUGAAACAUUAACAGAAGAGGUUACUACAAGUCAAUCUGUAAAGACUUAUGAAGAAGAAGCAAAAAUAUGGAGAACUAAAUUUAAGGAAUUAAAUGAUACAUAUCAUGCUUGUUAAGAGAAAUUGAUUUUAACUGAAGCAGAAUUGGAUUUAUUAAAGAGACCUUAAAGUUAGUAAAGAAUAGUGACUACAUCUACUACAGUAGUAAAGAAUAAUGUUUAAACAAGUGGAACUAAAUCAGUAAAAAUUAUAAUAAAUAAAUUUAGGACUCUGAUUAUCUUUCAAGUAGCCUAACUUAAUAAGAUGUUGAAAGAAUUUAAAAUUUAUCAAAGAAUAUUCCAUAGAUAUGAUU